UGUUCUCUGGUGAAUUUUGCGGUGGGCCCAAGAAAAAAAGUAAUAUUUGUAAGCAAAAAUAUGGCAACACCAAAGUCUAUCGGUUUUUGUUUUGCUUUCGCAAAUCGCAAUUUUUUCUAGUCAGCUGAUUUAUCUAUUUAUUUUGUGGUUAAAAGGAUUAUCUUGCAUCUAAAUGAAGCUGAAAUGAGCUUUUUACUAGAGCUUAUACAAGCUUUUAUUCAAAAGAUGCUUGCCCUGCUAUCGUUUGGCCAGAAAACUAUUACCAACUCGCUAAGUAUUUAUAUAAAAACAAAUACGGGACGCACAAUUUCUGUAAACUUAGAGCCGCAGUGGGACAUAAAAAAUGUAAAGGAAAUUGUAGCACCACAAUUGGGGCUACAACCGGAAGAAGUAAAAAUCAUAUUCGCUGGCAAAGAACUCAGUGAUGCAACAACCAUUCAGGAAUGCGAUUUGGGUCAGCAAAGCAUAUUACAUGCCAUACGAACGCGGCCGCAACCGCAAAGGCAGCGGCUGCAGUCCACGGUUAUGGAGGAGGAACCGGCGGAUGCUGCAGGCACAACCACCCCCACUGGACGUGCGACCACUUCGCUCUCUGAAGAACCGUCGAAGCCGUUGUGCGAAACAUUAGUCGAUUUGCAGCUUUUGAGUGACGAACGCGUGAACAUUAAUGAGGAAGAUCGCCUACGUACAAAAGCGCAUUUUUUCGUGCACUGUACGCAAUGCAAUAAGCUAUGCAAAGGAAAGCUACGUGUGCGCUGCUCACUCUGCAAAGGUGGCGCAUUCACUGUGCAUCGUGAUCCUGAAUGCUGGGAUGAUGUGCUGAAACCACGUCGCAUUACUGGGCAUUGUGAAAGCCAAGAAGUGGCUUGUUUUGAUAAUGCAACAGGCAAUCCACCAUACACUGAAUUUUAUUUCAAAUGCGGUGAGCAUGUGUCCGGUGGGGAGAAAGACUUUGCAGCGCCUUUGAAUUUAAUAAAAAUUAAUAUAAAAGAUGUGCCUUGCUUGGCGUGUACAGAUGUUAGUGAAACCGUUCUAGUCUUCCCCUGUGCAUCGCAACACGUCACUUGUCUUGACUGUUUUCAGCAAUAUUGUCGCUCACGUUUAUCUGAGCGACAAUUUAUGCCACAUCCAGACUUUGGUUACACCUUACCAUGUCCUGCGGGUUGUGAGAAUUCUUUUAUAGAAGAAAUACAUCAUUUUAAACUUUUAUCGCGUGAUGAAUAUGCGCGUUAUCAGCGUUUUGCAACCGAGGAAUAUGUGCUGCAGGCAGGCGGUGUAUUAUGUCCGCAACCUGGUUGCGGCAUGGGAUUGUUGGUGGAACCAGAAUGCAAAAAGGUCACCUGUCAAAAUGGUUGUGGUUAUGUUUUCUGCCGCAAUUGCUUGCAAGGCUACCACUUAGGCGACUGUUUGCCAGAAGGCACGAGCACGAGUGCAAGUGGCUCCUGUGAAUACGCUGUCGAUCCAAAUCGCGCAGCUGAGGCACGAUGGGACGAAGCGAGUAAAGUGACUAUCAAAGUCAUGACAAAGCCAUGUCCCAAAUGUCGUACCCCUACCGAACGUGAUGGCGGUUGUAUGCAUAUGGUAUGUACACGCGCUGGCUGCGGCUUCGAAUGGUGCUGGAUUUGUCAAACCGAAUGGACAAGAGACUGCAUGGGCGCUCAUUGGUUUGGAUAGAAGUGGAAAAAGAUUUUAUUCUCAUUUGGCUAUAAUUAUAUAUGAAAGUACAUAUAUUUAUAUAUAUCUAUAAAAAUAUAUAUUUUAUAUCUUCAUAAAGAAAUAUGUUAAGUUGACGCUGAUAAAGUUUGGAGUGACAAAAAACGUGUAUAAGAAAAAGUACAAUAAAAACUAAACUACUACAUAUUAGGAAGGUAUGAUAAUCUAAUACAAAAAAAUGUUUUCAAAAUAACAGUUAUUAGUAGAAAGACGUCUCUGUUAGGUUAGCAAUUUCUAUUGCGGCGCAACUAAAGAACUAUUUUUUAUCAAAAAAGGUCAAAAUCUUGCUACUACAAUAGAAUAAAAUUUGAACAAAAUAAAAACUGAUUGUUUUGCCUAUACAACAUAUAGUAUGAACUAGAUACAUACAUUUGCAUUUUUGUUUCUUUACAGAGUAGUUAUAAAACUUUAUAAAAAUUAAAGUGGUUCAUUUGCCAAUUUCUUCUAAACCCUGAUUUUUAAUAAACACAAACUAAUUUAUUGAUGUAGUUGUUGUUGUUGGUUUCAAAUUCUAUUAGGUCCUUAAUGAGUAAGGCUGUCUUUUUAAACGCAUUCAUGCAAAGUAUCAGGCUCUUUUAUUUCUCAACCAUAAGGGAUAACAGUAUCCAAACUUUAUUAAAAAUUCGUAUUUCUUCAUGGUUGCACAUAUCUACGGUGACCAUGUUUAUGAGAGCCGAAUACGGGACAAAAAAUAAUUUUGCAAAUUUUUUCCACACUGUUUUCCCUGAAACAGUGUCCUUAUAGUAAAAUCACAAA